AGGUAGUUAUUCCAGUUUCAAACUCUCGAGAAAUUGAAGAGAUAGAGAGGAAGAUCGAGAGAAGAGCAAUAUGGAAUUGCAGGGGGGAAUCCCUCUGCUGGUGCAACAGUACAAAGCAUUAUUGAAGAAAAAUUAUUUACUUGCAUGGCGUAACAAGCCAGCCACAUUCCUACAGCUCUUCUCAUCACUCUUCUUCAUCUUCCUUCUCUUCAGCAUUCAGAAAGCUAGCGAAGGGCGCUCGUCCUCUGUUGAGAAAGAUUUGCCCGACCCUGACCCUCUUGUCACCCCACCUAUCCCCCCCUGCGAGGACAAGUUUUUCAUUAAGGUCCCUUGCUAUGAUUUCAUUUGGAGUGGCAAAGAUAGUAAAACUAUUGGGGAUAUUGUCAAAAGAAUUAUGGCUAAUAAUCCUGGUAGGCCUAUUCCUCCCAACAAGGUUCUUGCAUUUAACACUAGAGAAGAAGUGGAUAAAUGGCUUUUCGAUAAUCCUGUGCGUUGUCCUGGAGCUCUGCACUUUAAUGUAAUAAAUGGAAAUAUUAUCAGUUAUGGUAUACAGACAAACUCUACCGAAGUUAUGAAGCGAAGAGUUUUUGAAGAUCCAACUUUUAAGUUCCAACUCCCACUUCAACUAGCAGCAGAGCGCGAAAUCGCGAGGACUCUGAUUGGAGAUCAAAAUUUCCCCUGGGUUGUCAGUUUAAAGGAAUUUGCACAUCCUCCUGGUGAAGCAUCCUCUACCACGUCUAGUGUAGGGCCAAUCUUUUUCCUGGCAGUUGCUAUAUUUAGUUUUGUCUUCCAAAUCACUGCUUUCAUCACUGAAAAGGAACUCAAGCUUCGACAGGCAAUGACUAUGAUGGGUCUCUUUGAUACUGCCUAUUGGUUGUCAUGGAUCACUUGGGAAGGACUCCUCAUUUUCAUCUCCUCUCUUCUCACUGUCAUCUUUGGAAUGAUAUUUCAGUUUGAUAUUUUCUUGCGCAAUAACUUCAUAGUCGUGUUCCUUCUCUUUUUCCUCUUCCAACUUGCUAUGACUACUUUUGCAUAUUGGCUGUCUGCUUUCAUGAACAAGUCAGCUUCAGCAACAACUGUGGCUUUCUGCGUCUUUAUUGUUGGUUUCGUUACUCUGAUGGCUUCAAGUGGUGGAUAUCCCUAUUCCCCUGGUUAUAACCAAAGCCACAGGGAUUGGUGGUCAUUGUUCCCACCAAAUCUUCUUAAUGCAGGUCUUCAGUUACUUGCUAGAGCAACUGAAACUCCUAAAGAUCCGGGUAUUAACUGGAGUACUAGGGCAAAGUGUCUACCUGCUGAACCAACGUGCGUAAUUACCAUGCAUGAUGUAUAUAUAGGGCUCGUGAGAUUGUUUUUUCUCUUUUUCGUUCUGGCUGUAUACUUUGACAAUAUAAUUCCAAAUAUCUCUGGUGUGAGAAAAUCAAAAUUCUACUUCCUAUUUCCUGGAUAUUGGACUGGUAAAGGUGGAAGUAAAGUGAGAGAGGGCGGUUGCUGUAGCGUCUGUUCAGGUUCAUUGCCAAGGCCGCAAAUUACUACACCAGAUGACGAAGACGUUCUUACAGAAGAAAACACAGUUAAAAAGCAAGCUAUGGAAGGUGGAUAUUCCAACAUUGCAGUUCAAAUACGCGGCCUUAUCAAGACAUAUCCAGGAAAGUCAAAAGGUUGCUGUUGUUGUUUCAUAACUGGUCCUCCUUUCCAUAGUGUCAAGGGCUUAUGGUUGAACGUCGAAAAGGAUCAGCUGCUUUGUCUUCUUGGGCCCAAUGGAGCUGGGAAAACUACUACUAUAAGUUGUUUGACUGGGAUUAACCCUGUUACUGUUGGAGAUGCAUUAGUAUAUGAUGAGUCCAUACGAAGCUCUAGCGGCAUGACAAACAUUCGAAGGAUGAUGGGGGUUUGUCCCCAGUUUGAUAUUCUUUGGGAUACAUUAUCUGGUCAAGAACACCUUCAGCUUUUUGCCAACAUUAAAGGUCUACCCCCUGCUUCAAUAGACACGGUUGUAGAAAAACUAUUAGCCAAGUCAAAAAUCACAAAGGUAGCAGCCAAAGUGAGAUCCUGUAGUUACAGUGGAGGAAUGAAACGACGACUUAGUGUUGCUAUAGCCCUUAUUGGAGAUCCAACGUUGGUUAUUUUGGAUGAACCGACUACUGGUAUGGAUCCGAUAACGCGAAGGCAUGUUUGGGACAUAAUUGAGGAUGCUAAAAAAGGGCGUGCCAUUAUCUUGACAACCCAUUCAAUGGAAGAAGCUGAUAUCUUAAGUGACCGCAUCGCUAUCAUGGCAAAGGGAAGGCUUCGUUGCAUUGGAACUUCAUUAAGGUUGAAAUCUAAAUUUGGAACUGGUUUCAUUGCUACUGUAAGCUUUUCUGGGGAGACGACAUCUCAACCUGAAGCUUUGAAACACUUCUUUAAAAGUCGUUUGGACGUGGUGCCUAAAGAAGAAAACAAGUCCUUCCUAACUUACGUUAUUCCUCAUGACAAGGAGAGGGUGUUGACGGACUUUUUUACUGAGCUUCAAGGUAGAGAGACAGAAUUCGGUAUAAAAGAUAUCCAGCUCGGUCUUACAACUCUAGAAGAAGUUUUCAUGAACAUAGCUAAACAGGCAGAAAUUGAAAGUGCAGCAGCUGAAGGAAAAUUUACAACUCUUACAUUGAAUACAGGGCAAUCAGUUGGAGUACCUGUGGGAUCAAGAUUUGUGGGAAUUCCAGGAACAAAAUCUCCACAGAAUCCUGGAGGUAUUAUGGUGGAAGUAUAUUGGGAGCCAGAUGAUUCUGGUAGACUUUGCAUUUCUGGUCACUCGCAACACAUGCCAAUACCACCUCAUAUUCAACUACCAGAUCCUCCAAAUGCCAAAUCAGCUAGAACCCUAGGAGUUGUAAUUGACCCUGCACAACUCAAAAUGUUAUAGUCAUAACAAAAAUAUUAGGAAAUAUAGGGACCUAGGUAUGUAAACUCAGAUAAAGUAUGAGAUUAGAAGCAUCCACUGUGCAUAGUCUUAUCCUAUUCGAGUCUCAGUUUACCAUAAGCCGCUAGCGCUUCAAAAGGUGAAAGUUUUGCAGUAGGAGCCUUUAGUUUGUUGAUUUGGUUCAAAAGUUUUGCAUAUCAUUUACGUGUAUAGAACCAUAGGUAACAUGUCGUAAAUGUUGCAGUUUUCUUGUAUCACAAGUAUCUCCUUUAUAAUGACAUUUUUGGCUAAUGUAUUAAACAUAUUUACUACA